AUGUCUACAAAGAGAGAUAGAAAAAGAAAGCCGUGGAGUGUCGAUCCGAUGACAAGGGCUGCUGAAGCGGUACGCAAGUCUAUGGGUUUUACGAAGGCAGUUAAAACCUUUGGUGUGCCAAGAACUACCCUGAGAAGGCUCGUCCAUAAUACUGAGUUGACGCCAGAACUAGUUGUACAGAAGCCGUUAGGCAGAAGGCCUCUGAAUUCAAAUUCGUUUAGUGGCACUUUCGCUUGCUUCAAAUAUCUCAAAAAACCAAGUUCCUCUGGCCUCAAAAUCAGCAAAGCAUGCCCACUACCUCCUAAAAAACAACGUAAAAAAUUAACCAUUGCAUAUUACUUCAGGAGCAUGGAAUGUACAUUUUGA